CUUGCCAAGAUGUUUCCAUUUUGCGCCCUCAGUUGCUGCCCGCCAUGAAAGCAGGGCGCCGAGUUCAAUUGUCAAAUAAAAGGUUUGCUCAUCCAGGUGCUUCAAACAAGUUCUAGGUGUUGGAAUGCCGAAGCUGCCAGCUGCAUGCGGGUGCGUUGGUGCAAUUAGCCGGUCCCUGAUCCGGUGAAAACCUAUAUAACGAUACAGGCAUCCCGCUGGAUACCGCUGCCAUCAUGUCAUCGGUGCUAGAAGGCAUUUUAUACGGCUUUUCGGUUCUCAUGUUCAUAGGUACCAUCUGGAUAAUCACCUACAAACGUCGCAUAAGGGUCGUCAACCGGCCAGCUGCUGCAGUGGCCACCUUGCUAUUCUUGCUAAGUACCGCGCAUAUGGUCAUAGGCAUCAUUCGUCUUGAAGAUGGGCUAGUGAAGUAUCGUGACACGUUCCCAGGCGGCCCAGCGGCGUUCUUUGCAGACAUUUCCAAAAAAACGUUUGUGGUCAAGAAUGCGAUACUCGCCUUACACACUCUGCUUGGCGACGGGAUCGUGAUUUACAGGUGUUACGUUGUUUGGCAAUCUGUCUGGGUUAUCAUCCUACCAAGCAUGAUGUGGUGCGGUGUCGCAGUGUUUGGUGUUUUUGCGGCCUGCAACUUUUCGCAAGCAUCGACUGACAUGAAUAUCUUCACCGAGAAGACUGGACAUUUGAUAGCGACGUUCAUGACCUUGACACUUGCAACCAAUUUGCUCAGUUCAGGAUUGCUGGCAUAUCGCAUCCGGAUGGGCGAACGCAAGGUCUCGGCAAUUCGCACUACAAAGGGGAGAAUGCCUUUAUUGCGCGUGCUUGUAGAUGCUGCUAUUUUAUACUCUGCGACGCUAUGCUCCUCACUAAUAUGUUUCGCUCUGUCGAACAAUGGACUGUAUGUCAUGGCAGACUUGAACGUCCCGAUUAUCUCGAUUACCUUCUACAUGGUGUUCAUCCGCAUCGCGAGCAGUCAAUACAAUCAAGACUCGACUCUUGGAGGGACAAGUGAGAUAGAACGAAGAAAUUCGCAGCAAUAUAAUAUGCAGCCUUUGCAAGGUAUAUGGAGUAUACCCCCGGGUACUGAUGUAUCCUUCUCCUCUGGUGGCACAAAAUUAAUACAUACAUUAGUGUAGUUAUCUAGAUUAUGUACCCCCGCACAUAAAGCUAUCCUCCGUCUUCAAUUUAACAAGCUUUCAGAC